CGGUCUCCCCCUCUCUCCCAGCUCCUGUGCAUCGUGAUCCUGAUCUGCUACGCUGCCUCUCGCAACGGGGGCUACUGGACGGUGGCGGUGUGCGAGCUGGUCUUUGCCGCGGUGUUUCUCGUGGUCUUCGUGCUGCGGCUCGACCAGCAGUUUGGAGUGAUGAGCUGGGGCUGGAGCGAUUUAUUCCGAGCAUUGAUUGGUGCUGUGCUGUUCCUGAUCACCUCUCUGAUCUCUUUGAUUGGUGGAGGCGAUGCCGCCAGACUAGCAGGAGGGGUGUUCAGUGUCCUCGCUGCAGUCCUCUUCUCUUAUGAUUCCUACAUCAUCUGCCAAGCCAUCAAGAGCUCCAAAGCUGCAGCUAGUGAAACCACUAGCGGAGUUUAAAACCGUCCACCUGAGAUCUGAGCAGGAGGGAUAGAGAAUAGAAAAAAGAAGACAGAACGAAAGAAAGGAGGAAAGGAGGAAGAGCAGUAAUAUAUAUAGUGACACUCCCUGGCCUCUCCGCUCUGUUGAACGGACAGAAAGCUGAAACCAGAAGAACAAACAAUUACUGUCUGUCCUCCAUUCCACCCCCCUCUCCCCCUCUCCCUCUCACCCCUCUGCCUAUCCCCUUUCCCUCUCCCUCUCACCUCCCCCCUUUCCCUCUCUGUCUCUCCCCCCAUUUCCCUCUACACUGUGCCUCUCCCUUUUAUAUAGAAUACAAUUCACUUAAAGUAUUUAAAGAAGGAGCGAACUUGAUGACUUCAGGAAUUCACAGAUAGACAGUGAUAGAUAAACAUUAUAUAUAAAUAUAAAUGAAAUAGAUGGGCCUGGAACGCACCAGCAUGACAUCUUUUUUUUUUUUUUUUUUUUUUUUUUAACUUGUUCUCACUGUGUUGAUCACUAAUGAACA